AUGGCCCUGCAGUCACUGCCUCUGAGGUUUCUCCUGGCCCUUGCACCUCUACUGUCAGCACAUGGCCAGGAAGAAUCUUUCAACAUCCAGAUAGUGCCCCAGGGAACAGGAGGGUGUAAAAGGCCCCAGUGGGACUCCAGACUCCAGCUGGCACCAGACCAGGUGAAUUAUAAGAAGAAUGAAGAAGUGAUGCUGAGCUGCCCUGAAGGUUUCCAGCCACCCUUCACCCGUCUCAAAUGUUCAAGUGAAGUCCAGUCCUUCUCUGGUGGGAAACCUGUAUACAGAGAGCUCUGGACUGGAAGAAACUCCCGAGGUGCCUGGGUCCGCAUUCGCUCCAGCGUGCAGUGCAGUGAAGUGCUCCAGGUUGACCAUGAGACCCUUGAGAUUUCCAGCACCAGCAUCAAACUGAAAUGGACCUGCAGGUUCCCUGAUGCCUGCCAGGGCAUGAGGGCCAUGUGCCGGCUGGCAGCGCCUUCCUCCCCUCCCUGUGAGGCUGAGGAGGUGGAUGCAGAGCAGAUGUUACACGGCCAGGAGGGAACAUUCACCUGCUCCCCUUUGCAGCCCUUCACUGAGUACAGUGUCACCAUCGACUUGCCUCCCAACACAACCCUGUUCUCAUGGUUCUUCACAACACAGGAAUCAGUGCCGGACAAACCGGAGCAGCUGUGGCUGGAUCCCGACAGGGGCUCUCUCAGGUGGAGCGCGCCGCCCUCCUGCAACGGGGAGAUCAUCGGAUACCAGCUGAACAUCACAGCCAGGAACGCAGGGGACAGCAGCGUGCUGGAGACCGAGCGGCUGCGCCUCGAUGGCUCCGUCACCGAGCACCGGCUGCCGGGGCACAGCCCUGGCAGCAGCUACGCCGUGACGCUCCAGGGGCUGACGGCUGCUGGAGCCGGGGCCGCGCUGACGAGGGAGUUUCACAGCAACAGCAGCUCCGACACCCCGCACCCCCAGGCCAUCAGCUGCCGCGGCGCCCGCGACAUCGCCCCCUCGCAAGGCACGGCCGUGCUCCCCCUGAGCCCCAUCGCCCCCGGCUCUGAGGCCGCCAGGGAGCACCAGCUGAUCGUGGCCGCCACGCACAACGCCUCGCUGAUCGAGAGCAUCUGCUCGGAGCAGGCGCAGCUCUCCAAUGCCAGCGCCUACCAGGCCGCUCUGCUCAACCUCAGCGCCGCCACGGACUUCGUGCUGGGCGACGGCAGCCGCGGGCGGGGCAUGGACAACGCUGCCCUCAGCCCGGGCCGGGACUACACGGCCCUGCUGCGCCUCGUCCGCCGCGGGCCGCAGGCAGAGAAGUUCACCUGUGUCUGCUACAGCUUCUCUCUUGAGCAGACUGUGGCCCAGUGGCACUGGAUUGUGAUUGGACUGGUUGUGCUGUUGGCAGUCAUCCUUGUGGCUGCAGUUAUCCUCUGGCUUGUGCACUCCAGGUAA